GCGUGCCCUGCGCGGUUUGCUCCCGUCAUUCGCCAUCCACCCGUCGACCUCGCAGCCGCCUCCUCACCAUGAGCGCCUUCUUCCCCGUGAUCUCGUCGCUGAACCCGGCCGUGCCGUCGGUCGCCGCCCCCAAGGCCCGCCCGGCCUCGGUCCUGGCCACCUCGGCCGCCAAGUGGGACGCGCGCCUCUCGCACGACCCCAUCCACGACAAUGCCUACUACGGCAAGUGCAUGAUCGGCGGCAUCCUCUCGUGCGGCCUCACGCACACGGGCAUCACCCCUCUGGAUGUGGUCAAGUGCAACAUGCAGGUGAACCCCGCCAAGUACGGCGGCCUGCUUCCCGGCAUCAAGACCAUCGCCGCGGAGGAGGGCGCUGGCGCUCUGUUCAAGGGCUGGGCUCCGACUGCCAUCGGUUACUCGGCCCAGGGCAUGUGCAAGUUCGGCUUCUACGAGUUCUUCAAGGACACGUACAGCACCAUGGCUGGUGAGGAGAACGCCUACAAGUACCGUGGCGCCAUCUACCUGGCCGGUUCGGCCUCGGCCGAAUUCUUCGCCGACAUGGCCCUCUGCCCCAUGGAGAUGGUCAAGGUGAAGGUGCAGACCUCGCCUGCCGGCACGUUCCCGGUGGAGUUCGGUGCCGCUGUGGGCGCCAUGAAGGCCAACUCGGCGGAGACCCGCUUCCCGUUCGGUUCGCUCGUGCCCCUGUGGUCGCGCCAGAUCCCGUACACGAUGGCCAAGUUCUUCUUCUUCGAGAAGGUGGUGGAGGCCUUCUACACGUACGUGUUCACGGAGCCCAAGAGCUCGUACCCCAAGAGCACGCAGCUCGGUGUCACGUUCGCUUCGGGUUACCUGGCUGGUGUCAUCUGCGCUAUCGUGUCGCACCCUGCCGACUCCGUGGUGUCGCUCAUGGGCAAGGCUGAGAACAAGGGCAAGGGCUUCGGCCAGAUCGCCAGCGAGACCGGUCUGGUCAACCUGGCCACCAAGGGCCUUGGCACGCGUAUCAUUAUGAUCGGUACGCUCACGGGUGCUCAGUGGUGGAUCUACGACACGUUCAAGACGGUCAUGGGCAUGGGCACGAGCGGUGGUGCCGCCCCCAAGAAGAACUAGAUGCGCUUCUCGGGUGGUGUCUAAAGACCUCGAUGACUGGUUGCUUCAAUCUCUGAUCUUAACUCAGUUAUGGUAGGACUGUAACUUGGCGGUGCCAAGAGAAGCCCGAAGAUCUGAGGAAUGUAACCUGCCUCGGGCGUUUUUAGAAUAUGCAGAGUACUGGAGGCACGUAGGCGUGAAUUUAGCUAUCGAAAUCAACAAGACCUUCUUGCAGCACACUCGUGAGCUUUGAUA